UGGUUAUAUAGGCUGAUCUGAACACUUGAAAAUAUCAUUCUUUUAUUGGUAAUAUCGCCAUGAGGGUCCUUCUCGUCUGCUGCAUUGUCGCCCUGCUAGCCGUUCAGGCACAAGGUGCUUGGCCAUGGGACCGGCUCUUCGCCCCGAUCCCAUCGACCACGCCCCCACCAACCACGGACCCGACCCCGGUCAUUGACACAUCGGAUGUUCUCGAAGCCGAUUCCAGUGUCGAUUUCUGGGACGAUGUCUACGAGCGCGCCGUCAACGAAUACGGGCCCGUUGACGUCCCCUACUACGAGAACAGUCCUUGGAGCGUGUCCUCGCUGUUGUUGGGGCUAGGUGAUAACAUCGCGUCUGUACUGCCGCAGUUCUUCCGUGACGUGUGGUACUACGGUCCCUCGGAUAGGGAGGUGUUUGUCCCUCAGGUUCAACCUGGAGAGAUGCCAUACAACAGCACCAUCCAUUGGUUCCGUAAGGGUCUUCGUAUCCAUGACAACCCUGCCCUUCUGACAGCCAUCCAGGGCACAAAGGUCUUCCGGCCGGUCUUCAUCCUAGAUCCGAACUUCCUCGAGUCUGGCAAGGUUGGCAUCAACAGGUGGCGCUUCCUCCUGGAAGCUCUCCGGGACCUUGACUACAGCUUCAGAGCUUUGGGAUCCCGGUUGUUUGUGGUUCGUGGGAACCCUACAACGGUGUUCCCCGAGCUCUUCAAGAAAUGGAAUGUGACCCGUCUGACCUUUGACGUUGACACCGAGCCCUACGCACGCCAGCGCGACCAGGAAGUGAUAGAGCUCGCCAAGAAAAACGGCGUUGAAGUCGUCACCAAAGUCUCCCAUACGCUAUAUGACACUGAGAGAACGAUCAAAGCCAACAAGAACAAACCACCCAUGACAUACCAGAGGAUGGUCGGCCUGCUGUCUGAGAUCGGAGCACCUGCACUUCCGGAACUGGCCCCACAGAUUUCCAACUUCACAGGAGUAACAACCCCUGUCAAGCCUGACCAUGAUAGUGUAUAUGGGGUACCAAGCCUGGAGGACCUGGGCCUAGAUGCUUCAGGUCUUGGACCACGUCUGUACCCUGGUGGGGAGACCGAGGGACUCCAACGCAUGGAGCUUCAUCUUGCCAGGAAGUCAUGGGUGUGCGGAUUUGAAAAACCAAAGACAAGUCCAAACUCCUUAGAACCAAGUACAACGGUUCUUAGUCCUUACCUCAAAUUUGGCUGCCUUUCACCAAGGAAGUUCUAUUAUGCAAUCAAAGAGGUGUAUGCACAGAAGACCAACUGCACCAAGCCUCCUGUUUCCCUGAUGGGCCAGCUGAUCUGGAGGGAGUUCUUCUACACCGUUGCGGCGGGAACGCCAAACUUCCACCAGAUGGAGGAGAAUCCAAUCUGUCUUCAAGUUCCUUGGGACGAUAAUCCAGAAUUCUUGGCCGCCUGGAAGGAGGGGCGCACUGGUUACCCCUACAUUGAUGCCAUCAUGACCCAACUGAGGAACGAAGGCUGGAUCCAUCACCUUGCCAGACAUUCUGCUGCUUGCUUCCUCACCAGGGGUGACCUCUGGCAAAGCUGGGUCAAGGGUCAAGAGGUGUUUGAUGAGCUGCUAUUGGAUGCUGACUACAGCCUCAAUGCAGCUAACUGGAUGUGGCUGUCAUCAAGUGCUUUCUUCCACCAAUACUACCGGGUCUACAGCCCCAUUGUGUUUGGCAAAAAGACGGAUCAGAACGGAGACUACAUCAGGAAAUACAUCCCAAUCCUGGAGAGGUUCCCAGCCCAGUACAUCUACGAGCCUUGGACCGCUCCACGCAGCGUGCAGGAGGCGGCAGGGUGUAUCAUUGGGAGGGACUACCCACGACCGAUCGUUGACCACAGCGUCGUCUCUAAGAGAAACAUUGGGAGGAUGAAGGAUGCGAGAGCUUGCCAGCCAGGGAAAUCAGCAGAAAAGAGACCAACUGACGCGUCAAACAAGAACAGCAACGGCAAAGUCAGAAAGAUCACCUCAAUGCUGAAGAAGAAAUAAACUGGACAACUUGCAGUGGUAUGGUGCAAGAUUCUACUACACAUUCCAAAAACAUUUUAGACAGGGAUACGAUCCCAUUAUUAUUUCUUUUGUAAAAAUUAAUUAACUCUAUGUUCUAUAACCUAUUUUGUCUCUGACUCUUCCCUUUAACAUUAUGGGAUGUAUGCUCCUUGAAACCAAGGCAACGCUUCAUAUGUUAGCAAUGUUAUGUUCAUGUAAUGAAAUAAAGCGAAUGAUUCAUUAUAGUUUUAGGGUGAAAUAGGGAUUUCAGCAUCUGAUCCAUCAGUGAUUGCUUUGGGCUAUACAUUGAUAGAAGUAGAGCAUUAGAUAUUUUUCCUUAUCUGUAUAUUUUGCACUUUUUUUAUCUUAAAGUAUUGCUACUGAAUAGUAAUUCUUGUUCGUAAAGUAUGUAUUUAUUUCAGUCUUUUUUCAGUCAGAAGAAUUAGCUUAGCAAAGUUUAAUCUUGGUAGUAUAGAUCAGGGCUGAUAUAGAUGACCCUUUUUUCUAUUAAAAACAUGGUUUUUUUAAGUUGUUUUGUUUACAAAAUGACUUCAAUAGAACGAUAUUUGAGUAAACAAUAUAUUACCUAAGUAAGUGUGUGAAUUUUCUACAGAUGAAGUGCUAGUGAUGACCAAAUUAAUAGUGUGUGAAUCAGAUGAAGAUUAAUUGCUCAAUUUUCAGGGAAGACAAAAUAUUUGAUAGAGUUUAAAGAAAAUUUAUUCAUAUGUAUGUUCUUAGAAUCACCCACGCAGUAUUGUAUUCAACUUAAUAUUGCAAUUAUAUUACCAAGAGGAAUCAU